AUGGCCAAGAUGGCGGCGGCGGCCGCGGCCGCGGCCCUGGUGAGGGAGGGUCGGGAAGACGCCUUCCGCCGGCUCUUCCGUUUCUACCGGCAGCGGGACCUGCGGGGCGGGCCCGACUUGCGGGGCGUAAUUGAUUUCUCCGCCGCGGGGGACCAGAUGGUCAGCUCUGACCUAAGCAUUUCUUCAGUCAGCGAUCAAGAUGCCUACAGAGCAGGACUGCGGCCAGUUAGCCAGUGGAAAGCCUAUUGCCUGGAUGGGUACCCAGGAUUUAUUUUCAUCUCAAACCCCUUUCUUCCGGGCUGCCAGCGGCACUGGGUGAAGCAGUGUCUCAAGCUGUACCCCCAAAAACCCAACGUGUGCAAUCUGGACAUGCACAUGGCUGCUGAGGAGACCAUUGAUCUGUGGGGGCAGAGCCAGGAGCACCUGAGGAGCAAAGGUUCCGGCAAACGGGAGCCCAGAAGUUUACUGGAGAAGCUGCGCUGGGUGACCUUAGGUUACCAUUAUAACUGGGAUACCAAGAAGUACUCAGCAGAUCACUACACUCCUUUCCCCUCAGACCUUGCUUUUUUGUCAGAGCAAGUGGCUGCUGCUUGUGGGUUCCAGGGCUUCCAAGCUGAAGCAGGGAUCUUGAACUACUAUCACUUCGAUUCUUCGCUGGGAAUUCACGUGGAUGAGUCCGAGCUGGAUCAUUCUCAGCCCCUCUUAUCAUUCAGUUUUGGACAAUCUUCUAUAUUUUUGUUGGGGGGCCUAAAGCGUGAUGAAGCCCCAACAGCCAUGUUCAUGCACAGUGGGGACAUCAUGGUAAUGUCCGGCUUCAGUCGCCUGUUGUACCAUGCUGUCCCACGAGUCCUCCCCAACCCUGAGGGAACAGCUUUGCCCUCGUGCCUGGAGCAGGCAUUCCCCUCAGACUUUCCUGACCGCUCAGUCAUUGAGCACUGCUCUGAAGAGGACUGGCAGAUCUGUACCAAGUAUUUGCAGACUUCCCGCAUUAACAUGACCAUCAGACAGGUGCUGGCUGUGGGUCAGAGCUUUCCAGAUGAGUCCAGGAGAGAGAGAGAAUGGGAUGCAACCUCUGAAACCUGUUACCACCCGGAGGAUGGUGAAGUCAAGCGGCACAAACUGAAUACAGACAGCUGAGAUCUGGAGACCACUCUAGGGCCUUUGGCUUGGACUGGGCCGGUAACCUCCCAGGUGGGGCAGAUGGUUCAGGUGACCACAUGGAGCCCCAUCCAGUUGUGGAGGGAAUAGGGGACUCCAGCAGAAUAGUUGUGAUCAUUAGUGGUAAGGUGGUUGUGGUGGGGACAAGAGAAGGGUCUAUGAAGGGGAAGAAGGAUGCUCAUAUGGCCAAAGGAUAUGGCUGGGACUCGCCUCUGUUUCCAGCUUUGUUAUGAAAUUACUAUGUGACACUGAGCAAAUAACUUCCUCUCUGUACCUUAGUUUCCCCAUCUGUAAAAUACCCCCAUCACAGGGAUUUUGAGGCUCAAUUCAUUAAAGCUUGCUAAAGCACUUCGACAUUCUUGGAUAGAAGGUGCUAGCAAAGGGAAGGAUGUGGUUGCUCUUAUGGUAAAGUAAAUUAUUUGAUUUACAAAGCCCAGUUGAAGUGCACUGCUGAUCAUGCACAAGUUUAAAUGGCAACAUGUGUCUGAAUGGGCAUCUGCUUACAGCGCUUUUAAUGUGGGGCCACAUCUGCCCCUCAUACUGACUCAGCUCUCAGAAUCCAGAGGCUACCCUAAACAUGCUCUGCAAAAGGCUUGCUGUAUUAGCUGGAGUCCUUCCCUCUGGCUGGCUGUUUACACCCCACACCCUGCAGCAGAGACUCCUCUCAUGAGUAGGACUGGGCUCUUUUAAAUACCUCAGGUUUUAGAGCACAAUAAUUAGGGCCAGGCUUCCCUGGAAUACCUACUGAUUUCUGUUCAGGCCUCCUCCCUGUGCCCCGUGUGUAACUGAGCCCUAGACCCCAUUCUUCAGAAUCGAUCCUUCUAGUUAUCUGCAGAAUGCGGUCUCUGCAGUCCCUGCUUGGCUCCUUUAAGAAGCAACAUGAGGAGAAUGGCUUCCAAGCAGGAACAAUGAAGUUGUAAAUUAAGUACCAAAAAAAGAAAUUAAUCAGUGACUAUCGCUAGUGCCCAAAAGGUAAUUGUAUUUAAACAAAAUAAGGAAAACACUGGCUUCUGUGCCCAUCUUCUUUAGGACUCAGACCUUCCUAUCAGCUUUUUAAUGCAAUUUUAAUUGUUUGAGGGCAACGCUCUAUCCCAGGGGUAUUUUGUCAUGCUUUCCCCAUGAAUACACUUACUCUGUUUUUAAAUUAAAGAUUUCUAUCUCUCUUGGA